AUGGUUUAUUUUAACUUUAUUCUACGCUUAUUUUUUCGUCGUGCACUUUUUCGUCGUUUAUUAUUUACAAUAGGCUUUAUUAUAUGUGUGUAUCUACUGAUAUUCUAUAACACAACUUCUAGUAAUCAAUACUAUGAACCGUCUGUGAGUAAUAUUAUUGAUAAUAAUGCUAUUCACAAUUAUAACAGCACGGAUUCAUGCCAUUUUAAACCAUCAACUGAUGAAUUUAUUCUUAAAUAUAAACCAGUUACAUUAAUUGGACUGAAGCCUGAAGCAACACGUUUUGAACCCACAAUUGAACGAAUACGUAAUCUCUUAGAACUAAUUCGUUCAAAAGAGGAUACAUAUCAACCACUACUACAAAACUUUGACGUAUUCAAUAUGAUAAAUCCGGAUAUAUCAUUAAAAGCAUAUACCGAUGAAAGUAAUAUCGAUGAAAUAAAAACAUUAUAUAAUCGUUAUAUUAAAUUAAUGCCAGAUAAUAAAACAAUACAUGUUGAUCACGCAAUGAUAGAUUAUUUAAAACAAAUAUCAAGUUAUUUAUCAGAUGGAUUAAGAAAUAAUAGAGCAAAUAGAUUGCCAGUAGAAUGUCUCCGUAAACCAGUUUUUGUUCUUGCUUGUGACGAAGGCUUUUUUAAUAUACUUCAAGGUGCCAUUCAUUCACUCGAUGAAUAUUGGUCUGGUUAUAGAAUCGUCUUUUAUGAUAUGGGUCUUUCUAGUGGCCAAGUGAAAUUGCUGAGAGAAAAAUGUAAACAAUGCACGAUUAUUAAAUUUCCAUUUUCAUCUAUUAAAAUUUUUGCAUCACAUAUUGAUAUAUUGAAGACUUAUGCGUUCAAACCAUUUGUUAUUCAGGAUGCAUUACGCCGUUAUGGUACAAUCAUCUACGGUGAUGCAUCUGCUCGCUUCAAUUCAAAUUCAUUUAAUCCAGUUUUAAUUGAUAACUAUAUUCGUGGCUUUGCUGCACGUGAAUUACCUGAUCAUUAUCUAUCUUGUUUUACGCGAACGGGUACAUUUGAUUGGUUUAAUCAAUCUUAUAGUCAAUUUGAUGAAAUUUAUAUGUCCGAAGCAAAUUUUUUAGUUGUUACAGAUACAUUUUUAACACGUCUCAUGAUGAAAGCAUGGUUAACAUGUGCUCUUGAAUCUAAGUGUUUAAUAGCGUAUGAAUCACAAUCAAAAUGUCGAGGAUCUUCUACUACAUAUCAUCGUUAUGAUCAAAGUGCGAUGGUUAUCAUUUUAACACAUUUUUUCUUUCCAGGUACUAAAUCAACCUGGGGCGAUCGACAUCUUAAUGACCCAGCUCCAUAUGAUAUGUUUACAAGCAUACAAAUGAAUUUAGGUGAUAUUAAACGUGGAUAUCAAGAUCCAAACUAUUUAUCAGAAAAAAAGAUCGCGUAA